GUUAUAUAUAGCACGCACCCCAGUCCAACACAACCCCACAAUCCUCAAACAUCCUCUACACCAUGACGCUUUCACUCCUUUCCUUGUUCUCCAUCCAUCCCCAACUACAACCUCUUGUAGCCAAAUUGUCUUUACUUGACACCAUCGUCUUCUAUAUUGUGCAUAUUGUGGACAAGUGUGGGUUAUGGCAUAGGCUACCAGUGCUACUGGGGCUGGCUUAUUUGGGUCUCAGAAGACGCUUGCACCAGAGAUACAAUCUCCUACAUGUAGGAACAAACACCGGAAAACAAUACGACGUGCAACAGUAUCCUCAUCGGACGGCUGACGGAAAGUGCAACCAUCCAACGGAUCAUAUCGUAGGCAGUCAAGGAACCUUUUUUGGUCGUAAUAUGCCUCCAUCCACUUCCAACUUCGGGUUGUUGGAGCCUCAUCCAUCAGUGGUGGCCACAAAGUUACUUGAAAGAAGGAAAUUUGCAGACUGUGGGAAGCAAUUCAACAUGAUAGCUUGCUCUUGGUUACAGUUCAUGAUUCAUGACUGGAUUGAUCAUAUGGAGGAUACUCAGCAGGUUGAGAUUGUAGCUCCGGCUGAGGUGGCUGAGCAGUGUCCAUUGAAGUCAUUUAAGUUUUACAAGAGCAAACACUUUCCUACAGGGUCACUUGAUACUAAGACUGGUUUUCUUAAUUCAAGGACUCCAUGGUGGGAUGGAAGUGUUAUUUACGGAAAUAACGAAGCCGGGAUGGGGAAGGUAAGAGCGUAUUCAGAUGGAAAGCUGAAAAUAGCUAGAGAUGGACUUCUUGAACAUGACGACAAAGGGAUUCCUAUAUCUGGCGAUGUCCGAAAUUGUUGGGCUGGUUUCUCCCUUUUGCAAGCUUUAUUUGUUAAAGAGCAUAAUGCUAUUUGUGAUAUGCUUAAAGACCAUUAUCCAGAAUUUGAUGACGAGAAAUUGUACCAACAUGCAAGAUUGGUAACCUCAGCAAUUAUUGCAAAGAUCCACACCAUUGAUUGGACUGUUGAACUCCUAAAGACUGAUACUCUUUUAGCAGCUAUGAGAAUCAACUGGUAUGGCAUGCUUGGGAAGAAAGUGAAGGAUUUGUUUGGAAAUAUAUUAGGACCCGAACUAAGCGGAUUAGUUGGUCUAAAAAAGCCCCAAGAUCAUGGAGUGCCAUAUUCUUUGACGGAGGAGUUUGUAAGCGUCUACAGAAUGCACACAAUACUGCCAGACAAAAUAAUUCUUCGUGACAUCGAUUCCAUAGCUCCAAAACACAAAUCCAUUCCGCCAAUUCAAGAAGAGGUGAAUAUGAAGGAUAUGAUAGGAAAAGAAGGAGAAAAAAGAUUGUCGAAUAUCGGUAUGGAAAAGAUGUUAGUAUCCAUGGGGCAUCAACCUUGUGGUGCUGUCACUUUGUGGAACUAUCCAUCGUGGAUGAGAAACCUUGUUGCUCAUGAUAUAGAUGGCGAAGAGAGAAAGGAUCAGGUGGACAUGGCUUCCAUGGAAAUUUAUAGAGAUCGAGAAAGAAAGGUUCCUCGAUAUAACGAGUUUAGGAGGAACUUGCUAAUGACCCCCAUUAGCAAAUGGGAAGAUUUGACUGAUGAUGAAGAGAUUAUUGACGCGCUCAAUGAAGUAUACGGAGACGAUGUUGAAAAGCUUGAUCUGCUAGUGGGAAUACAUGCUGAGAAAAAAAUUAAAGGUUUUGCCAUUUGUGAGACUGCUUUUUUCAUCUUUGUGCUAGUUGCUUCAAGGAGGCUUGAAGCAGAUCGCUUUUUUACAACCAACUAUAACGCGCAAACAUACACCGAGAAAGGACUACAAUGGAUUAAUAAGAUUGAGAGCCUGAAAGACAUUCUUGAUCGACAUUUCCCUGAGAUGUCAAAGACUUGGAUGAGAUGUUCUAGUGCGUUUUCGGUGUGGGAUUCAGAUCCAAAUACUCCUAACUACGUUCCAUUGUAUUUGCGAUAUGGUAACUCAUGUUAGUAAUAUGGUGUAUUUUGAGACAAAAACCUUGGUUAGUAUGAUGAAUAAAACCUAUGUUUUAUCCUUACUUCUU